AUGGCAGUGUGUACCGCAGAAAUUUGUGAAGGCAAAUGGUAUCAAGAGCGCGAAGAAGAGAUAACUCUUGUGGAUAGAUACGGUAUCAAAAGGACAACGACUCUUAAACCUGACAACAAACAAGGAAUCAUGAGACUGGGAAAAGAGUGGAGAGAGUUUUGUGAAGUUAAUGGAGUGAAGGUAGGCGAGUCCUUCAAGAUGGAACUCAUCAAGGAAGAAGAAGAAGACAUCAGAGCGACUCAUCUACUUAAAUUCUGCUCCAAAGUCUUAAACUCUCACUGA